AUGUCCACAAUCGUGGCUCAGGCUCACUGUACCUUCGGCCUCCGAUCUCAAGUCAAUAACAACAUUUGUUACUUCGAUGAACAUACUAUUGUUUUCCCAUCUGGGAAUAACUGCGUCAAAUAUAAUGUAGACCAGAAAUGGCAGCAAUUCAUACCAGGAUCAGAGAAGAGUCUGGGAAUGCAAGCCCUGGCCAUCAGCCCAAAUCGCCAUUACCUUGCCAUGUCUGAGGAGGUUCAGGAAAAGGCGACAAUCACAAUCUACGAACUAGCCUCUGUGCCCUUCAAAAAGCACAAAGUCCUUAGUACACCUGACUUCACAGCCCAUGAAUUUGUCAGCAUUGCAUUCUCCCCGGACUCCAAGUACCUGGUGGCCCAGCUGGGUUCCCCAGAAUGGAAAAUUAUCUUCUGGAUGUGGGAAAAGCAGAAAGUAAUGGCAACCGUAAAAACAGACAGCCAGAAGAAUCCCAUUUACCAGGUGAGCUUUAACCCCCAGGAUAACUCACAGAUCUGUGCCACAGGCCGUAAGGUUUUUAAGAUAUUUUGCUACAUUGGGGGAAGCCUCAAACAGACUAACUUCCAGAAAGUGGAUACUCAGAACUUCCUGUGCCACGCAUGGCUCUCCGAGGAUAGAAUUAUCUGUGGAACGGACACUGGAAAGCUUUGCCUCUUUGAAUCUGGUGAUGUUCGAUGGGAGUAUAUUAUCAGUGGAAAAACUGCGCUGAAGGAGGGCGAAAGAUUUGAUGAUCGUUCCGUGGAUGGGCGGUCAGUUUCUGCCAGUGCAUUAUCCUCUGUCCAGAUACAUGCCAUCCUGCCCUAUUCCAAGGGAUUCCUGUGCUCGGCUGGUCCAGGCAAGGUCUGCAUGUUUGAGAAGGUGGAAGACAAAGAACUUUACAAAAGGAGCCACGAUAUCAGAAUUCCGCAGGACGAGCACAGCAGUGAUCCCAGCCAGUCCGAGCUGCAGGAGGUGCUGCACAUGUGUCUGAGCCCCUCGGAGGAGACAGUGCUGGUUAGUACCAGUAAGAGUCAAAUUUACACCAUCGCCCUGUCCUCGGCUGAAAUCGGGAAGGGUGACGACGCUUACUUUGAGUAUCUGUCCGAGCAGUGGCACUCCGCCCCUAUAACAGGACUGGGUAUCUGUGUCCGUAAACCGCUCCUCGCUACCUGUUCACUGGACAAGUCCGUUCGCAUCUGGAAUUAUGAAAACAAUUCUCUAGAACUGUACAGAGAAUACCAGGAGGAGGUAUACAGUGUCUCGUUACAUCCAUCCGGACUCUAUGCUCUGGUGGGAUUUUCAGACAAGUUGCGUUUAAUGAACCUGCUAAUUGAUGAUAUCCGCACAUUCAAGGAAUUCACCGUCCGUGGCUGCCGUGAGUGUGCGUUUAGCCACGGUGGGCAUUUAUUCGCUGCAGUGAAUGGCAAUGUCAUCCACAUUUACUCCACAACAACAUUCGAAAAUGUCUUGAAUCUGGAAGGCCACAGUGGGAAGGUCCGAUCUUUGGCCUGGAGUGCGGAUGACAGUAAGGUGAUAUCUUGUAGCCAGAAUGGAGCUGUGUACGAGUGGAACUCACUCUCAGGAAAGCAUGAAUCUGAGUGUUUGCUUAAAUCCUGCAGUUAUACCUGCAUGGCGCUUUCAUCGAAUUCCAAAACCAUCUUUGUGGUUGGAUCUGACCAAACUCUUAAAGAAAUUAUUGAUUAUCAGAUUGCCCGUGAAGUGCCGGCACUUGAUGUGACAUACACAGCCGUAGCCAUCUCUCACUCUGGUCAGAUGCUGUUCACUGGCACCACCACUGGCACAAUCCGCUCCAUGAAGUACCCGGUGACCCAGUGCAAGGAGUACAAUGAAUAUCAAGGCCACGCCGGGCCAGUCACCAGGUUAGCAGUGACUUGUGAUGACCAAUAUCUUCUGUCCAUAUCGGAGGAUGGAUGUCUGAUGCUUUGGAAAAUCUCCGACAAAGAGGGUCGAGGCUUGAAACGAGACAAAGAACUGGCUUAUGCAGAGGAAGUGCUGAUUACCAAGUCUGACCUGGAGGAGAAGAAUCAGGUGAUGGUGGAGCUGGAGACACAUGUCAAGGAGCUAAAAAUGGAGAAAGAGUAUCAGCUGCGGUUAAAGGACAUGAAUUAUAAUGAAAAAGUGAAGGAACUGAAGGAGAAAUUCAUCCAGGAGAUGAAGAUGUUAAAGACCACAAAUCAGAUUUUAAAAGCUGAUAAAGAGAAAAAUGAUUUGAAACAUCAGGAUGAAAUCAGUGAAUUAAUAGAGAAGCAGGUUCGAGAGGUGCAGGACCUGGAGAUCUCCAGUAACCAGCAGCUGCUCCUGGAAUAUGAGAAAUACCAAGAGUUACAAGGCAAAUCACAGCGAAUGCAGGAGAAAUACAAGAGCCAGCUCCAUGAGUUGGAGGAAAGUAAGACACUAGCACUGGAGGAACUAACGGAACACUACGAGGCCAAACUGCAGGACAAGAUGUCUCAGCUGCAAUGGACUCAAGAAGAGGCACGUCAGCAUCUCUGUGAGUAUGAAGAGACAAAAAAACAAAUUGAGGAAGAUGGAGACCUUGAAAUUCAGGGUUUAAAAAUCCGUUACGAGCAUCGUCUGAGGGAAGAGCGAGAGACUUCGCUUCGUCUGAAAGGAGAAACUAGCAUCAUGAGAAAAAAGUUCAGAAGCCUGAAGAAGGAAAUUGAGGAACGUGGCAAUGACAUCAAGAGGAUGGAGGUGGAACAGGAGAAGCUACAGGAAGUCAUCAAAUCCCUGGAAAAGGACAUCCAAGGGCUUAAGAGAGAGAUUGAGGAGAGAGAUGAAACUAUUCAGGACAAGGAGAAGAGAAUUUAUGAUCUGAAGAAAAAGAACCAAGAACUGGAGAAAUUUAAGUUUGUUCUGGAUUAUAAAAUCAAAGAAUUAAAGAAACAAAUUGACCCACGAGGGGAUGAGAUUCAAGAGAUGAAAGAGCAGAUUCAGGAGAUGGAAGAUGAACUCGAACGUUUCCACCUGCAGAACUCAAUUCUAGUGUCUGACAUCACUGAAUUGAAUCGGAAACUGAAAGCUACCGAUGGUGAGAUGCACAGAGAGAAGCAGAAGGUACGAGAUAUCGAAGCCGUUGUUAAACGCUUUAAGACAGAUUUGUAUAACUGCGUGGGAUUUAUUCAAGAACCCAAAAAACUGAAAGACAGCAUUAGAGAACUCUAUUCAAAAUACGUUCAGGAGAGUGACGUGGCAGAAAUCGUUGGCUUGGACACUGACAUCCAGGAAGAGUUUGCUAAACAGCGGGAACACCUUGAGCGCAAUCUCAGCACUUUACAAAGAAAACUUGUAAAGGAUACCGAGAUUCACCGUGCCGAUAAUGUUCGGGUUAUGCAGGGCGCUAAUUCCCCCAUGUAAUUGGGGAGACAAAAAAAUGACCUCGAUGAUGUUGAGUCUUUAACGCGCAGUGAGAAGGACGCACUUUCAGAACCACAUUCUUCCACUUUCUUCCUUACUAAAGAACAGAACUUUGUCACUCACUGCCGGCUGGAAAAAGGAGGACAUUUUUUACCCAUGUUCUACCCAAAAUCUGGGGCCAAGCUCAUUCUUAGAACUGUCCAAAAAGGACAUUUUUCAUUAGCUACAGUUUGGAGUUCAAACAUGGACACGGGAUAUUCUUGUCAAGAUUUUAUUAGAAGUCGAAAAAGCUAAACUUAAUGUUCCAAUUUUCUGUGUGUACCCAUGAUGUUAUUUCUAUAAAGACUCCUAUAUGAAAGAAAGUUUCCUUUUGUGAGAAUUUGUUAUGUUGAGGUUUCUAUAUGUAUAUUAUGUUAAUCGUCUUUGGUUGAUUUAGUGCCCCCAGAUUUUUACACAUUUUAUCUGAGCCUUGCUGUCCAAAUUGAGACGUUUGAUACUCUGACCGCAUUUAUCUUAAUUUCACACCAGAAAGUGUCUGGUUGCCAUAAGUGAGACUCUAUCACGUGGCCAAUCUAUUUCCAAAUCCAAAAAUAGGCCUUGUGAGAGCUGCCAAAUUAUGUUCAAAUGUUUCAACAGGUCAAGACUUGUUUUUUGUAUAUUUAUAUAUUUUAUUUAAAUGACAUUACCGUAAUUUGACAUUUCAGUUACUCCGGGAUUUCAACGGCUUGUGAAGGGGCCAGUUAGUGACCCGCAGGUCCGGUUCCAUCGCUCAUAUUGUGCCCUGGUCUGUGCUUCUUACAAGUUUGACAGAUUGACUAUAACUCUCAGCAUCCUCAGGCACAGUGAUAGCAUUUUAGGUUUCUGAGCAGAUAACGCACUUUAAUGUAAACUUUAGAGACAGCGGCCAUUUCCUGCACUUGAGUGGAGACAUAUUGAAUAAAAUGUGGUCUGACUGCGACUCCCAGUUCUUAGCUAAUGCUUGCCAAUCUCUGGGGACGUGUACUGGUUGCAGAUGAAGAAUUGUUUGAGUGUGCUGGGGAGGGGAAUUUGUUAUAUAUUAUUUAAAAAAAAGUUUAACUCAAAAUAUCUUCAUACUCUGCUACACCAUCUUUUGUUUCUGAAUAAACUGGAAUUUGUUUUAUUG